AAAAAAUUGCAAGUUAUUAGGUUACAGGUUUGGUUAUGAUUUAACAGAUGAUGAUUUAUUUCAUGAUUUAUUAUCUAAUUUUGAAAGAAUUCUUAAUUUAUGGAAAUCUCGUGGUAAAUCGUAUAAGGGUAAAAGUUCGAUUUUGAACACAUUUGUAUUUUCAAAACUUAUAUAUUUUAUACAAGCUCAAAUUGUACCUAGUCAUUAUAUAAACAUGUUUCAAAAACGUUGCUUCAACUUUAUAUGGGGCAGAAAAUUAGAGCCUAUAUCCCGCAAAACAUUGUAUUCACACAUGUUAAAAGGUGGACUUAAUGUUCCAAAUUUAGAAUUAAAAAUCCAUUCAUUCUAUCUAUGUCAUAUUUUUAAAAUAAUUAAUAACUACAAUACUCCUUGGGUAGAAUUUGCUGUUUAUUGGACAGGUUUGCAAUUGAAGAAAUAUAAUCCUUCAAUUGCAUCUAAUAAUAUUCCUCAUAGUGAAAUUAUUCCCCCUUUUUAUGUUAAAUGUUUAAGUGUAUUUACAGAUUUUGUGGAAAACUGUAAAUCAAGUGUUAAUUCUCUCUGGACUGUUAAAGAGAUUUAUAAUUACUUUAUUGAAAAUAUGAAUAUUGAACCAAAAUGUGUAAGGGAUUGUAAAUCUGUAGAUUUUAAUAAUAGCUUUAAAAAUGUCUUUUCCAGUGCAGUAGAUCCUGAGUGUAGGAACACAUGUUUUUCCAUUGUUCAUAAUGCUCUUUUAACCAACCAAUAUCUUUUUUCGAGAAAUAUGAUAAGAUCUAGUAAAUGCACAUUUUGUUCGAAACCAGAAACUAUAGAUCAUUUAUUUGUUGAGUGUUAUAUUUCUACAUCUAUAAAUAAAGUCGUAUUAUUCUUUAUGCAUGUAUUAACUGCAGACAAUCAUAAACUGUCUCUCAAACAAUUUCAUUAUCUUAAUGUUGAUAAUUCAUAUGAUAAGGAAAUUAAUUAUGUUUUUCUUAUUCUGCUGUCGGAGUCAAGACAAAUAAUUUGGAGAACUAGAAAUGAUGUAAAAUUUGACAAAAAACUGUUUAGUCCAUUUGAUCUUAUUUGCAAACUUAUUUAUAGAUUAAAAUAUCGCAUUUUAUUAGAUUUUAAAAGAUUUCCAUCUGAAAAAUUUGAAUUAAUAUGGGGUAAUUAUUGUGACGUUAAUGCAAAUAAAAAAGUUGAGUUAAGAUUAGACUUGAAUCCUGCAAUUUAUGCUAACAUUUAGUGUUAUGAUUGAAAUAUGUAUAUUAAGUUUCUCUCUGCUGUUUUGUGUUUUCUCUCUGAUUUCAGGAUGGCAGCUGCGGGGCCGUUAGUGGCUGUUACUCGGGUUGUCAUCCUGGAUCAGAGAGGGAACGUGACAGUGUUAAUUUGUGUGAAGAAGUUUUUGUGAAUUGUAUAUUGUAAAUUGUAUUAUUGCAUCAUCUCUUUUAUCAUCAGUAUUCCUAUGAAUCAUUUCAAUCAUUGCUUCAUAUAUUAUGUAACCCAGUGUUGGGCUCAUCUCAUUUCACUCAUUGAACUUCAUUAUCACUCAUUUUUCAUCACUAUGUAUUUCGACAGACCAUUAACACAUUUUCAUUCAUGUAGGUCAUAGGAUACUUGACUGACCUUUCCUAAAGUAAAGAGGCUUUUUCCAAUUUAUUCGUUCAUAUACAUUUAUUGUUUCAUAAUUAUUUCCGGCUUGGCCGGAUGGUGGGGCUGGGGCGGGUGAGGAGUGGUACCGAAGGCUCUCACGUGCUUCAGCUCCAUCAUCUGGUUUCAGCUGUAGACUUCUUGACAUGUUCCUGGCGGACCAUCACGGGGGGUGCUCUGGGCAUGACCUGGGGUG